AUGUCGUCGGUCCCCAACAUUCCUCUCGUCAAGCUGGGUGAUGGCACACAGAUUCCCGUGCUUGGCUUUGGCAAUGGAACGGCAUGGUAUAAGCCAGAUCGUUUUUCUGCACUGAAUCAGGACAUGCUAGACAUGGCCAAGGCAGCCAUUGCUGCCGGCUACCGACAUUUCGAUACCGCCGAGGCCUACGGUACAGAGGCAGAGUUGGGUCAAGCGAUCAAGGAGAGCGGCAUCCCUCGCCAGGAGUUCUUUGUGACGACCAAGAUUGCGCAGACUUUCAGCGAAGGCAGUCCUGAGGAUGCGGCUCUCGGCUUGGAGAACAGCCUGAAGCGUCUGCAGAUGGACUAUGUCGAUUUGUUCCUCCUCCACUCUCCCUAUUGCAACAAGAAAAUGCAGUACGACGAGGACAACGUUGCCAAGCAGUGGAAGAAUAUAGAGCCUCUCCAACGUAGCGGCAAAGCUCGCAGCAUUGGCAUUUCCAACUUUCGCAAGACUCACGUGGAAAACCUGCUGAAGACGGCGCAGAUCAAGCCCGCCGUGAACCAGAUCAUGUUCCACCCUUACCUACAGGGAGCUCCGGAAUAUGCCAAGUGGCUGCAGUCUCGCGGCAUUGCUGUCCAGGGCUUCAUGGGUCUCCUCCCGCUCACACAGCUGAAGGGCAAGCACUUGGACAGCACCCUGGAAGAGCUGGCUCAGAAAUACGGGGUCAGUCCGAGCACCUUGCUAAUUCGCUGGGAACUGGACCAAGGCAUCAUCGUGGUCAAUACAACAAAGAAACAAGAGCGUAUGAGGGAGUACUUUGCGGCAUUGGACCUCAAGCUGACUGAGGAAGACUAUGACCGGAUCACGAAGGUUGGACAGGAGACACACCUGCGUCUUCCCGGCGGGGAACUGUACAAUGGACGUGACUAUAGCCCGUACUAG